AUGGCAUUAAACUCAACAUUCUACGCCCUUAGCGCCAAAUCAAAAUGGGCAAGUAGAAAGGAAAAGAUAAUGAAGCGUAUUCGCAUAGCAAUUGCUGAAAAACGUAAUUGGAAACAUGAGCUUCAGACAUAUUUAUUGAUGUAUCGCAGUAGCCCGCAUGCUACCACAGGUGUAAGUCCAGCAGAAUUACUGUACGGUCGUAAAAUUAGGACCAAAGUCCCAUGCUUACAGGAAUACGGAAAAUUCGAUCUUUCCGAUCAAUCUGUAAGAGAUAGAGACUGCGAGAAAAAAGAAAAAUCAAAACAGUAUACGGAUCAAAAAAGGAAUGCGGUAGAAAAUUCCAUUUCUGUAGGUGAUUUAGUCUUGUUAAGAAACAAAAAGAAAGAUAAAACAGACACGCGUUUUUCGUCUAAACCUUAUACUGUUACGCAGAAACACGGGAAUUCGGUUACCAUAGAGAGAUAUGGGGUGCAGUAUAAUAGGGAUGUCACUCAUUUAAAAAAGUACGAAACGCCGUUUUCGGAAAAUACGUCCCAUGAAAAGAAAAAGCGCAUGUCGAAAAAACCAGAAAAAUACAAAGAUUACGUCUGUGAAAAUGAGUACAUUUGA